UCAACUGAUUUUUGGAAAAUAAAACAUAAAUUUUCUUGUUAUUUUUUUAAAACUCUUCAUCAGCUAUUUCUAUGUAACAUUUCAAUCAGAUGCAAAACUCAUACGCAGAUGCAAGAGAUGCAUACCGAAUCAAAUAGCGAUUAUGUAAUCGGUAGAAACUAUCUUCAUGCUGAAAACAUUGACAAUUUAUCUUGGAGCAAUUUUUUUAGCAAAUUAGAUUAUUAAUGACUGACUUCUGAGAUAAGUCCAAAAAUAUAAAAUUUUGUUAAACGUACUACAUGCGCACUUACUGAUUACGACACGUAUCAUCGUUAAUACUACUGAGCGUUUCUCCCACUCCAAUGUCACUUCUGUCACAAUAAGAUUCGCGCUAUACGUAUACGUAUUUAUAACGUUCUACGCCGUGUCCGACGAAGCAUCUCUGUUGAGUCUAUUAUACUGUGAUAUCGCAAAAUGGAUUGGUCGUGGUUUUCGACGCCUUUUGGGCUGUUACUGACCACUCUGAUCGUCAUCGUGGUCUCGAAAGUUAUCGCCACGGUGAAACGUAUAUAUUUCUAUUGGAAAGGUAAAGGCAUACCUUACAUACCAAAUUCGUUAUCGUCUGCCAUGAUAGGCUGGAAAAUGUUGGCUGGUCGCUUGCAUUUCACCGAAUGGAGCGAUUAUUUGUAUUAUUAUUUCCCGAACGCUAAGUACAUUGGAAUGGUGGAUGUCGCUACGCCUGCCAUAUUUCUGCGCGAUCCUGAAUUGAUUAAAGAUACCAUGGUGAAGGACUUCGAGCACUUUCAAGAUCAUCGCGCGUUCGUUGAUGAGAAUCUGGAACCGCUGUUCGGCAAGGCCGUGUUCUUCAUGCACGGAGAUCGCUGGAAAGAAAUGCGGAACGUACUAAGCCCUUCCUUCACCGCCAGCAAGAUGAAGCUUAUGUUCGACUUGAUAUCGGAAUGCGCUCAUGAAUUCACCAACUAUUUUGUCGAACAUCCGGAGCUCUGUUCUGAUGUCGAACUAAAGAAAACUUUCAGGCGUUACACCAACGAUGUGAUCGCCACAGCGGCCUUUGGUCUGAGUGUGAAUUCUAUGAAAGAGCAGGACAAUGAGUUCUACGCAAGAGGAAUAGAGGCUACCAAGUUCUCGAAUGGGUUUCUCAUGAUGCUCAAGUUCAUACUUCUACGCUCGUUUCCAAAGUUUUCGAAAAUGAUCGGUCUGACGCUCUUCUCAAACGAGACAUCCACGUUUUUCAGGAAGAUCGUGGCGGAUACCAUUAAAAUGCGGGAGGAAAAAGGUAUUGUCAGACCAGAUAUGAUUCAAUUGCUAAUGCAGGCUCGGGAGAAGGAAGAUGCGCAGAUGACGUUAGAUGGCAUCGUUUCGCAAGCCUUCGUCUUCUUCUUUGCCGGCUUCGAGACGUCCGCGACGCUGAUGUGCUUCGUUGCACACGAAUUGGCAGUUCAUCAGGAUAUUCAAAAUCGUCUACGCGAGGAGGUAAAGCAACAUCUCGCCGAAGGAAACGGCAAGAUCUCUUACGACUCGCUGUCGCAGAUGUCUUACAUGGACAUGAUAGUUUCCGAGGCUCUCAGAAAAUACGCUCCAACCGUUCUUCUCGAUAGAGUUUGCACCAAGAAAUAUGAACUGCCUCCUGCACAACCAGGCUGUAAGAGUCUAACUAUUGAACCUGGUACCAUAAUAAUGUACCCUGCUUACUCUAUACAACGCGAUCCAAAUUACUUCCCGGAUCCGGAAAAAUUCGAUCCUGAAAGAUUCAGCGAUGAGAACAAAGACAAGAUUGUACCGUACUCUUAUCUACCAUUCGGUUUGGGGCCUAGAAAGUGUAUUGGCAAUCGAUUUGUCCUCAUGGAGACAAAGAUUCUAUUAACUCAUCUUUUACAAAAGUUUACUCUAAAGACUACGCCGAAGACCGCCGAACCAAUCACAUUUAACAAAAAGGAUUUUAUGUUGCAACCUGUUGACGGAUUCUGGAUUCGUUUGGAGAAGAGAGAAACGUAAAAUUUUGUAUUACAUAUUGUAACAUGUUAUUUUAUUAUAGUUAUAUGUUCGGAAAAAUAUCGCUUUAUUUUUAGCUUUCAAAAUAUUUGAUGUAUACAUCACUUUUGAAAAUAAUUGUUAUAAGAUUUAUUUGCAAUAUGUUAUGUCAUCGUAUAAGAUAAAGUAUAAUCAAAGUUAAUAACAGAUCUUGUUAAUAACAAAAAAAAGAUUAAAUACCAAAUUAAUUCAUGUAAACACUGACUCUUGACUUAUAUAUAUUUUCGAGUCCACUGGCGCUAAUCAUAUUGAAUGACUUUUAUAACUGUAUCUAUUCUAUUUAUCAAGCAGCUUAGUAGAAAUGGCAUUGUUAAAUAGAGUUUAUUGUUAAUGCUUUAUAUAAAAGAAUGUCUUUUUUAACGCGCAAAUGUGUUUUGCAUUUCUUUGUUUUAAAGAUAAGUUUCUUUUUUUUAAAUCAGAUUUAUUCUUUGUAAUUUGUCGUAAAAUUACGUGUGUUUUGUAUAAUAUCAUAAUUUUAAAUAAAUAUAACAUUGAUA